AUGUUGAGGCUAGCUAGAAACAUACAUAGGGCACAGCCAAGACUGCUGCCGCUGGCGUUGCAGAAGAACGUGCCCAGGGCAGGAUUCAGCGUGUCACUCAACAGAAACAAUGAGAGUGCAGCCACGGACAAGGAGACAGGCUUGCACAAGUACGCCGAUACGGUGAUUCUACCGAAAACAGAAUUCGGAAGCAGGUCUGACCAAAAGCUUAUUGAGACGGUUUUGAAGCCGCAGACCAUGCAAAAAUUGUACGAGUGGAACAUAUCUAGACCCUUGAAGGACAACCGGAUCGAAAACCUCUUUAUCUUCCACGACGGACCUCCGUACGCCAAUGGUAACUUGCACAUCGGACAUGCUCUUAACAAGGUCCUCAAGGACAUCAUCAACAGGUAUGAGCUCAUGCUGGGGAAAAAAGUGCACUAUGUUCCAGGAUGGGACUGCCACGGGUUGCCGAUCGAGUUGAAAACAUUGGAGAAGCUGGGGAAGGAGCGUAAAGAAGUGGAGAAGAAACUGAAGAAAGAUUUGAAAAAAGCUUCAAGUAAUGAAGAGAAGGAUCAGAUAAGGGCAAGAUUGCACAGCUUGAAGCACACAAGACUGUCUCCUACCGAUAUUGUGAGACUGUCCUCGGAGCAUGCCAUGAACACGCAGAAAAGCCAAUCCAAAGAAUUUCAAGAAAUAGGCAUCAUGGGUGAUUUUGAGCAUCCGUACAUGACAUUGAAGAAAAGAUUUGUUACUGACCAACUACGUGUGUUCAAAAAGUUCUUCGAUAAUGGCUUGGUCCGCAGACAAGAAAAACCAGUUUAUUGGGGUUGUGAAAAUGCAACGGCAUUGGCAGAAGGUGAGCUCGAGUACAAUCAACAGCACCAAUCCAAGGCAGCCUACGUGAAAUUCCCCAUUGUGGAAGUGAGUGAAGCUUUGCAGAAAAGCUUGGGCUCCGAAAUAAUUGAGGCCGGCAUUUCUGCUCUAAUUUGGACUUCGACCCCUUGGACAUUAGCAUCCAACUUGGCAAUUUCAAUAAACGAAGGUUUUGAGUACACAGUUAUUCACAAUGAGAAAUUCGGCAAUUUGGUGGUAUCUACAGAAUUGAUUCCAAGUUUGGAGGAAAUCUUCGAAUUCAGCAAAUCCGAAGUUGUAUUCAAGGGAUCCGAACUGUUAGGAUGCAAGUACGAGUCUCCUAUUUUGAAUAAUGGCCACAAGUAUCCGUUUUUGCAUGGAUCUCAUGUCACCAGUACCGCAGGUACUGGGCUUGUCCAUACUGCUCCAGGACACGGUCAGGACGAUUAUUUGGUGUGUUUGCAAAACGGAAUCAAGCCGUAUUCUCCAGUGGAUAAGUACGGGAAAUACACUGAUGCUCUUGGGGAGAAUUUGGCCGAACUCGUUGGCUUCAGAGUUCUUGGAGAAGGUAACGCCAAGAUGAUUGAAAGGAUCAAAGAGUUGGGUAUUUUAAUCCAUUUAAACGAAAAUUACAUACACUCAUAUCCUUACGACUGGAGAUCAAAGAAACCGAUCAUCAUACGUGCGACCCCGCAAUGGUUCAUAGAUGUUAGUAAAAUUAAAGAUGUCACUAUUGAAGCGUUGAAAAAGAAGGUGAACUUCCAUCCGGAGCGUGGAGUCAACAGAUUGACUUCAUUCAUCAAAACUAGAAACGAAUGGUGUAUUUCCAGACAGCGCAGUUGGGGGGUUCCUAUCCCCGUGCUCUAUCAUCGGGAGACUGGCGAAGUGUUGCUUGAUGAUGCAGUAAUUGGGAGGAUCAUCGAAGUAAUUGAGCUGGAGGGGAUCGAAGGCUGGUUUGAGCAGGUGGAGAAGUCGCAGCAAGGUGCCGAUAUAGGUAAAUGGUUACCAGACGAAUACCAACACCUGGCGAAGGACUACGUUCUAGGCACAGACACAAUGGAUGUCUGGUUCGACAGCGGCAGCAGUUGGAAGACGAUCGAACACUAUUUGGAGGACGAGGGGCUGCUGGAGCAGGCGAAAGCAAGAGGGUAUCUUUCCGACGUGUACCUCGAAGGGUCUGACCAACACCGGGGAUGGUUCCAGAGCAGUGUGUUGGCGAAGGUGGGCAGUGAGAUCAAUGGCAAUGGCGACGUCGUCAUGCCGUACAAAAACAUCAUCACCCACGGGUUCACGCUCGACGAGAAGGGAGAGAAGAUGUCCAAGAGUUUGGGGAACACAAUGUCCCCGGGGGACAUUCUCCAAGGGAACAAGCAGUUGGGUGUUCCGAAGAUCGGCAUCGACGGGUUGCGGCUCUGGGUGGCGCAGAGCGACUACACCAACGACAUCAACGUGGGGCCCACGAUUCUCAAGCACGUGGGCGACAACUUGAAGAAGCUGCGGUUCACGUUCAAGUUCCUCCUCGGGAACCUCAACGGCUUCGACACAGCCAAGUCCAGCCUACGCUACGAGGACAUGAACCGGUUGGACCAGUACGUGCUAAGCAGGCUCGCCAGGUUGAACGCCGAAUGUCUCCACGAGUACGAGGCACACAACUUCUUCAAGAUCGUCAAGCUCGUCAACCACUUCAUCAACGUCGACCUCUCCUCGAUCUACUUCGACGUCCGCAAGGACGCCCUCUACACGGACAGAGCCGACUCGCCGAAGCGGGUCUCCACGCUGGUGGCCUUCAACGAGGUUCUGCAUACCCUGGUGUCCAUCCUCGCUCCAAUCGUCCCGAUCAUCACCCAGGAGGUGUGGAACAGCCUGCCCGACGGCAUCAAGGGUGCCCUCGAUUCCCCGUUCCACCGUGGCUGGUACAACAGCGCCUACGUCCGCGUCAACGAGGACGUCGAAAACGACUUUGCACACCUUCUCGACCUCAAGGAUGCCGUCAACGGCAUGAUUGGCCAGCUCAGAGCAGCCAAACACAUCCGCAGUCCUCUCGAGUGUCGUGUGGUUCUUCAACCGGCCGUCCCAACACCUGGCGACGACUCCAUCGCCGUUGACGCCGUGCUUCCACGCUACUCCGACCCCGAGCUCGAAGACCUCUUUGUCGUAUCCAGCGUCGUCCGCAACGAGCCCAACCCCGUCGCCGACAGCCGCUUCCAUGUCCAAGAGUCUGUUCGGGGGGUGCAUCUUCAUGUCGUCGAGGCCCCCGGAGGGAAGUGUCCUCGGUGCUGGAAACACGCCCCAGUAAGCGCGGGGCUCUGCCUGCGGUGCGCGGACGCCGUGGGGGUGUCGAAGAGGUGA